AUGAGCUUCUUCUCAUUCGGUGACCUCCCCGCCAUUAAAACGCGCAAGGCUCUUAUCCUACUCGACUUCCAAAAUGACUUCGUGCGCUCGUCUGGAACAUUGCACAUCCCCAAUACCCCCGAGAUCCUCGAGACUUUACCUGGCCUGGCAGCUGCAUUUCGAAAAGUUGGCGAUGUGAUCUGGGUGCGAUCAAAAUACGAGUCAGCACAGUCACUUUCCGACUGGAACUUUGGCGAUCGCAUCGUCUUGGAAAAUGAGCCUCCUAAGCGCCAUGCUAUACCCAAGUCAGACGUGAUUGAGGUUGGGUCGGAUCGCGAUACUCCAGAGCCAGUCGACCCAGAGGCAUUCUUAUCGGGCCAAUCUCCUACCUGUUGUGCUUCCAAUACUUCUGGUUUUCAGUUCCCCGCCCCCAUUCUCGCCGCUAUCGACCUCGAGCAGGACACCGUACUGGACAAAACUGCAUACUCUGCGUUGGAGUCGAAUGAUCUUGUACUUUCGUUUCGAACAAGAUUUGUGACUGAGGUCUUUCUAUGUGGCUCCUUAUCGAAUAUCUCCGUUUACGCUACUGCUUUAGACGCCGUCCGAAAUGGGUUCUCCGUUACUCUGAUCGAGGAUUGCCUCGGGUACCGCGAGUUUGGGCGCCAUCGCGAGGCCAUGCGCCGCAUGGCGGAUAUACUGGGUGCAACCGGGCUUUCUGCACAAGAGUUGUACCAGGAGUUGGAUUGGGCGGAGACAGACGCUAUUGCUCAGGGUGUACCGCAGCCCAAACGACCUGCCGGCGCGUCGCUCGGUCUCGAAAGUGUGAUGGACACCCUGGGAGUCGCUGCGGAGGAAUCGCCACCUGAAGAUAUACCCGGUGAUAAUGACGAAGACCCAGAUGCAAGCAUUAGUUUGACAGAGAUUGCCUCUCUUACUCGAUUACAUCGAACUGCUGCCGGUGCUGCUAGGGUCCCUGCUGAUACCAAGAAACAAGUUCGGGUUCGUGUGCGCCGACCCAAACGGCGAGAGGCACCUCCCGACGCUGGCGUUGGGACGAAUGAUGCUCCUUCGAAGUCUCCUCCCCCCCCGGACACUGCCGGCAAGGCUGACCCCAACACAAAUGCUGCUACGUCAAAGCCGCCCUCAGAGACUGGCCAACCUACUGGUUCUGGUAUCGGAGAAGGAGAUUCGCGCCUCGUUCCAAAACUUGAUAUUCCACAAGACACAUUUGAACGCAUUAGAGAGGAAGUCGCUUGGCAAAAGAUGUAUCAUUUAUCUGGUCAAGUCCCUCGAUUGGUUGCGGUACAGGGUCACAUACAACCUGAUGGCUCUAUUCCAAUCUAUCGACACCCUGCUGAUGAAUCCCCACCUCUAAAAAAAUUCACAUCUGCUGUGGACGAAGUUCGAUCAACAGUUGAGGAGAUUUUGGGCCACCCUCUGAAUCAUGUUUUAAUCCAACUAUACCGAGAUGGCCAAGACAACAUCUCUGAGCAUUCAGACAAGACUUUGGACAUUGUUCGAGGCUCUUUUAUAUGCAAUGUCAGCUUGGGCGCGCAACGUGUCAUGGUACUUCGCACAAAAACCUCCGCUGAAGUACAAGCAGACGGAGAAUCGGGCCGCACUACCCAACGCGUGCCACUUCCUCAUCGUUCACUUUUUAUUUUAGGCGAAAAAACAAACAUGCGCUGGUUGCAUGGUAUUCGGCCAGAUAAACGCCCUGAGAACACCAAAACCCCCGAAGAAAAGGCAUAUGGGGGUGAACGUAUCUCUUUGACUUUCAGACACAUCGGCACAUAUCUACACCCGCUUGCUAAUUUGAUUUGGGGUCAAGGCGCCGUUCACAAGCUUCAAGCAAAUGCGCACGCAACGAUUCAUGGUGACCCUGAAAAGACGGAAUCAUUGAUCCGCGCAUUCGGUCAAGAAAACCGUUCCUCUGAGUUUGACUGGAAUGCAGUCUAUGGUUCCGGUUUCGAUGUCGUCAAUUUUGUUACCGCCUCAUUAGUACGAUUGACGUUAAGUGGGGACCUGGUGGCAGACCUAAGGGUUCGCCUCGGCUUGAGUGAAAACGGAUAUCGAUACGAGAUCACAGAUAAGCAGAAAGCGGACAUUGACAUAACCAAAGGAGAGAAACUGCCCGCGUAUGUUGAUCCUCAUGGGUCGACUGUUCAUGGCGAUUUGGCUAUCUUGAAACACCUAGCCUCUCAACCCCCUGAGAAUGCACGACCUGGAGUUGAUGUACUCAAGGGUGGGACCCAUCUCUCCUGGACUGAAGACUUGCUGGAGGACUGGCGUGAUCAUCAUGAAAAUAAUCCUGGAAUUGCAUUUUCCGGCGGCCUUCGACAUUGGGAGCGGUCCCUCGAGGGUCAACAUUAUCUGGGAGGGACGGUAUUUGGAAUUGAUGAUUGUGGGCUUUGGCCAGUCCUGCAAGAAAUAGUACAGACUCAAGGGCCUUUCAGUGCUCGAUUCACCAACUUGAAUCAGUAUUACCUACGCGUUGAAAAAAGAGGCAUCGUUCGUGCCAUUUUAGACGAGUCUAAGCCAGAGUGA